AUGAUGGCAAAUACAACCUUUACUCAAAAGUUUACUUGCUUAACCGUAGGGACAUUCUGUAGAUGUCAAGCUUCAAAGGUUGAUCAUCCUAUUCAUCGCCUUCGAUUCAACUCCAAAAUCAAACAUAAUGGCUUCUCUGUUCUAGAACAGAACCUUGCCUUGAGAUUUCAAAAUGACCCCACAAGAAAAACGAACAUGGCUGUUCAUGCCAGCACAACACCAGGAGCCCCAUUUCCUGUUGAUCCUUCCCCUGGUCAUUGGAAAGUUUGGAUCCUGGGAACAAUAUUCACAAUACUCGUAUCCUUUACGAGGGGCAAAUGGGGUCCUUUGCUACUACUGAAAGAGAAAGUUGAAACAACAAUAGAAGAAGCAGAUCGAAUAAUGGACAUUGUAGAAGAAGUGGCUGAGGGGGUGGAGAAGGUGACAGAAGAGGUUGUUAAGCAUCUUCCCGAGGGAAAACUUCGUGAUACAGCUGAAUUUGUUGAAGAAGUAGCUAAAGAUAUAGACAAGCAUGCCCAAAAUGCAGAAGAUGCAUUAGAAAAGAUUGAGAACAUGGAAAAGGAGUUUGAGUCCUUCGUUGAAUCAACCACUCAUCAGAAAAAUACUAUCAUGCCCAAUACAGAUGCAAAAGAUCAGAAGUAGAGAAAAACACGAUUCCAGA